AUGUCAGAAAAUAAUGAAUUAAAAAGAAAAAUUGAAAAUGAAAAUGAUGAAAAUGAUGAAAAUAAAAAGAAAUUAAAAGAUAAUGAAAAAGAAGAAGAAGAAGAAAAAAAAGAUGAAGUGGAAUUAGAGAAUAAAGAAAAAAGUAAAAAAGGUAAAAAAAAAGAAGAAAAAGAAGAAUCAUCAUUACCAUCAACAUUAAAACCAUCAAAAGCCGUUUUAAAUGAUCCAAUAUUUGGUCAACCAGGAUUACUUUUUACAUUUGGUAAUGGUAGAGAAGUUCAAGCAACAAAAGAUUUAUAUAAUUUAUUAAAUGAAUAUGUUAAUGAAAAUAAUAAUAAUAAUAAUAAUAAAAAUGAUAAUAAUGAUGAUUUUGAUUUUAAUAAAGCAUUUGAACAAGAAUUACAACAAGUUAAAGAAACUACAGGUAAAUCAGCACCAUAUAAAAAAUAUACAUUAAAAUGUAAUGGUAUUGCAUUUAUGGCAUUUAAAGAAAAUUCAAAUAUUGACCCAAUUUCUUUAACUUCAAGAAUUUUUAAAGAUUGUGAAACUUCAAAAACUUUAAAAACAAAAGAAAUUUCAAGACUUAUACCAAUUUCAAAAUUUAUUCAUUUAUCAAAUAUGAUGGAAGAAAUUAAAAUUUUAAUUGAUAAAUAUUUUUGUGAUCCAAUAGAAAAAAUUAUAAAAUAUAAAAUUGAAUUUAAAUCCAGAAAUAAUGAAAAAAUUAAUAAAAUGGAAUAUAUUCAAGAAAUUGCAAAAUUAAUUAAUCCAAAUCAUAAAGUUGAUUUAAAUAAUCCAGAAUUAACAAUUAUUAUUGAAAUUAUAAAAUUUUAUUGUGGAGUUUCAAUUGUUUCAAAUUAUAAUGAAUGUAAAAGAUUUAAUUUAGUUGGAUUAGCAGGUUUACUUCAACCAACACCAAAAAAGAAAAAUAAAGAAAAUCCAAAACAAAAUAAUCAUGAUGAAAAUGAAAAAGAAGAUGAAAAAGAAGAUGAAAGAGAAGAUGGAAAAGAAAGUGAUAAAUAA